AUUCAUCAUACCUACGCUCAAUAUAAUACGCUGAUAAUUAUUUAAAAUUCGGUUUCACUACCGCCGUCGAAGGCUCAUGUUAAAGGAAAUAGCAAAUUUCCUUCGCUCGUCGAAAAACAAUGCCUCAAUCAGAACUUAGUGGCCGUCGGAACGUAUCCGUGAAUAGUUUGAACAUUUAAAAAUCGAAUUCCAAUUUUUUUUUUAAUUUUGAAAAUGGAACGCAAUAAGGAUAGUACCGAUGCUCCGUGCGAACGUGGCGUGGAUGUGGACAUAGACGAGAUGGUAACAAAGGAACAGGAUGCGUCUACUGGAGUUCUCAGUGCACAAGUAAAAGGCCUCGACGCCAACCGCUAUGCCACCAAGAAGACCGUGGCACAAGGCAUGCUAGACAUCGCACUGCUCACUUCCAACGCAUCGCAGCUGAAAUACGUGCUCCAAGUUGGCCCUAAGCACGAGUUCUACACGUUGCUGGUCGUUCUCAUCUCCGUUUCUAUAGUGCUGCAGCUGCUGGUUGGUUUGCUCUUCGUCGUCAUCGGCGGCUUGGACCUGAAUGACGACGACGACCAACCUUCGGCGGUGAUCCUCAAUGACGUCAUAGUCAUUUUUAUAUUCGUCAUUUCGGUGGUCAAUAUCGUCAUUUCGGCGUUCGGUUUAGAAUAUUCAAACAGCCCUUUGAUUUUACAACGCCUCCAUUACAUUAAUAAUGAAUAUUUAAGGAAAGGAAAUGGCACUGUCUCUUGAAAGUUACCGGCGGAAAACCACCUAUUUAAUGUUAAUUACGAGUAAGGCCGCAAUAAUAAUAUUAAUGUAAUAGGGGCUCAAU